AAUUAUGUUUUAUUUGAUGAUCAUGCUGACAUGCGAGAAGAAGGAUCAACUUCAACAGUCAGUGCCCGAGAGGAACUGUCGGAAGCAUUUGACGAGCUGAAUUUGGCGUCCGAUGAAAAUCAUUUGCCAUCCGGUGAAGAAGCACGGGCUGCAAACAGAGAACCCGAGGCAACAGGCGGAGGAUUGUCGACGACAAACCGGGAAUUACCGACAUCAGCCGGAGAACCAUCAGCGUCAUAUAGUGGUGAAGCACCGGCAUCACACAGGGAACCAGAAGCAGCACCAGAAGGAGGAGCUGCUGAUUUGGAUGAGCAAGUGAAAGAGGCGUUAAGAGUAAAGCAUGGGCUUUUUCAUGAUUGCUACACAACUUUGCUAUACAGGAAUCAGUUGCGCGAUAAAUCGAUCGAUGAGUUGGCUCGAUGUUUGGUUUUAAAAUAUGAUGACACACGCUGA